AUGAUAACUGAUGCGUUGAGCCGAAAGGCAAUGAGUAUGGGUAGCUUAGCUCAUUUGGUUUUUGAGGAGAGUCCUUUAGCCAUGGAGGUUCAGACUAAUAGUUUUGUGAGGUUGGAUAUUUUGGAACCUGGCAAGGUUCUGGCUUGUGUUGAGGUGAGGUCAUCAUUUUUAGAGAAAAUUAAGGAACAACAGUUCGAUUAUGUGAAAUUGUGUAAGUUUUGGGAUAAGGUGCUGAGUGGUGAGGCCAAGGAGGUUAUGCUUGAUAGGGAGGGUAUUUUGAGGAUUAAGGGGCACAUUUGCAUUCCUCGUACAGAAGCACUCAGUUUACUUCCCAUUUCUGGAGGACUUUGCAAAAGUAGUCGGCUCUUACCUUUAGCAGAGUUUGCGUACAACCACAGUUAUCACUUGAGUAUUGACAUGGAACCGUUCGAGGCUUUGUAUGGUAGGAGAUGUCAUUCUCCGAUUGGGUCGUUCGAUGCUUUUGAGGUGAGACCUUGGGGUACAGAUUUGUUAAGGGAGUCUUUGAACAAGGUUCAGUUGAAGUUUUCACUCAUGAAGGGUGUGAUGCAAUUUGAAAAGAAGGGAAAGUUGGGCCCGAGGUUUAUUCAUCCCUUUGAGAUUCUCUAUCGUGUUGGUGAGGUGGCAUAUGAGUUAGCUUUUCCACUAGGCUUGUCAGUUGUUCAGCCAGUAUUACAUGUUUCUAUGUUAAAGAAGUACCAUUCAGACGACUAUUAUAUCAUUCAUUGGAAUUCGGUAUUGUUCGAUCAGAAUCUGUUCUUCAAGGAAGAGCCGAUAGCGAUUACAGAUUGGCAAGUGGGAAAGUUGAGGUCUAAGGAGAAUGCUUAA